GGCCGGCGAGCGCCGCACGGAGAGGGAGGCACGCGGCUGGUCUGCGGUGCGUGCCAGGGCUGCCGGCCGAUCGCUGAGCGCCGUGGGUAGCGAGUGCGAAGUAUCGCUGUGAGGCUGAUCAGCGCCGGCGACUGACGCGGUGCCUUCUGAGGGCACAGCGCUAGAUCCUAAUCGGCCGAGGAGUGUGCUGACAGCACCUCGGUGGUCACCCAGGCAGAUAGACAGCCAUUAGAGACCACGACUAGGCGAGACAAAGGUCAGCGUCCAUCGCUUCAGCUGUGUCCCGGAGCCGGGGUCCUUCAACAACCAGAUACAAGGUUCUACAUAUCACAGGAAUAAUAGUCCCAGAACGGAGGCCAAGCACAUGCCAGACGAAUAGCAGACAGUCGUCUUGCUGACGGAAAGUCAGAGCGGUGAGCAGCAGCCUGUUGGACCUGCCACUCCACAAUGAAGACACACAGUGUGCAGCUGCGGGGCGGGCUCAAGAUGCCGCUGCUGGGGGUCAGCUGCCCGGCCGGCGGAGAGCGCCGGGACGUCGGCGCCGCCGUGCGGGCCGCCCUGCUGGCCGGCUACCGGCACAUCGACACCGCCUUCUCACACGGCCACGAGAGGGAGGUGGGCGCCGCCAUCAACGCCGUCAUCGCGUCCGGCAGACUCAGCCGCAGCGACAUCUUCGUGGUGACCAAGCUGCCCAUGACGGGCAUGCAGGCCGGCCGGGCCGAGGCCUACCUGCGCAGAUCUCUGCAGCUGCUGGACCUCGAGUACGUCGACCUGUACCUGAUCGAGCACCCGGUCGGUCUAAGAGAGAAGCUCACACAGAACGGCGAACAUGGCGGGACCACAAACGGCACCGUGACGAACAUAAAGAGCGAACUCCAGCAGCAGAGAAGGCGCUCUGCGCACAACAGAAGAACGAGUUUUCAAUGUGACAUCCUAGCGACAAGCCGAGUUAGCUACAGGCAUACAAUCACCGAAGGCCGCAGGCGCACUGUGUCGCUUCGAUCGGCAUCCCUCGCGGACAGAAACAUCAGCCUGAGCUUAUUGUCACCCACUGAGACGAAUUGUCUGGAGCUGGACCUGGGGACCGACCUGCUGGCCGUGUGGCGUGACAUGGAACAUCUGGUUCGGCUUGGUCUGACCAAUAACAUCGGCGUGCGCAACUUCAGCGUUCAUCAGCUCACCAAGGUUGUGGCGGCGGCCGAGAUCGCGCCGGCCGUCCUUCAGAUCGAGUGUCACGCCUAUUUCCAGCAGCGCGAGCUGCGCCGGCUCUGCCAGAUACACAACAUCGCGCUGACGGCGUUCGGAGCGCUGGGAGAGACUCCCGGCCAGUGGCAGACGGUGACGAACGGCAACGGCAUGGUACAGGGAGUGCCGAGCGGCAACGGAUCGUCCGAGAUAUUCCAGAAAGGUACUGGCGUAGUCAGCGGGAUCCAGAACGGUACCGGUGCGGUUGAAAUGAUCCAGGACGGAAACUACGUGACCACGAACAUGCUGAAUGGGAUUAACAUGGUCAAGAGUAUUCUGUACGGAAAGGGAAAGGCCGAAAUGAUCAAGAACGUUAACGGAACGGACAAAAUGAUACAAAACAAAAAAGGAACGACCGGAAAGAGCCAGAAUGAAAACGGCACAGAAGAGAGCAAGCUGAAUGGAAACAACAUGGCCAACAAGAUGCCAAACGGGCACGGCGUGACCCAGACGAUUAUAAACGGGAGCAGCGUGGCCAACAAGCUACGAAACGGCAUUGGGGAGACGGAGGAGAUAUUGAGCGACGACGGCGACGGCGAGGAGAAGACGCCGGACCUGCUCCACAACCCGGUGGUCCGGCUGGUGGCGCUCCGACACAAACGGACUCCGGCGCAGGUGCUGCUCCGCUUCCUGGUGCAGCACAACAUCGCCGUCAUCCCCGCGGCGGCCACCGAGGCGGCCGUCAAGGAGGACAGGAGCAUCUUCAACUUCCAGCUGGACCAGGUGGACGUGGAGGCGCUCCGCUCGCUGGAGCGCGGCCAGGCCGGCCGGCGCUUCUACUUCCGCGACGCGUUCCCCGGGUACGAGAACCACCCCGAGUAUCCGUUCUGAGCCGAGUUUGAACGCUCUCUCGGUAGUCGCGAGUGAAUGUCGACUUAUGUAGCACUAUCUUUUGCACGGUGCGCAGUGCACACUGUGUGUUGCAGGUGCUAUCUACAAGUAGUUUAUGGGAGUGUAUUUUUGUUAUUAGUGUAACCCAGAGACACAUGAGUAGGCAAGAAUUGUA